ACCUGACUGUGAAAAUCCUAUGCGGUCGUGUUUAUCUUAGGUAGACUAAAUAAACUACUGUAUACGAUCUCUAUGAAGAGAGGCCGAAUACAGUGACGCUAUGCGCACGAGACGUGGAGCUUCAUCUUCUCUGGGUCCCGCAGACCGACGGAUGCGCGUCCUGAUGAUCUUCAUAUUUUGUACUCACACAACAGCGAGACACGCAGCGCCCUUUCGCGGCAAUAGAGCCCUCAAACACCUUCUUAUAAAUCUGAAGUCUUUCCCUCCACCCGACCUGUUAAAACCACGCCUACAGAGCAACACAAUUGGUCCGAAAGCGUCAAAGAGCCAAUCAACAGAGACAUGCUGCUCGAAGCAUGUAACACAUCCACACGGCUGAAUCCUAUGGAGUUCAGAAGCACUGGGGUUGUCUCUGUGCUGGACCCUUCGCUCCGCUGAAAUGUGUGUGCGCGCGUGAAAGAGAGAAAGUGUGCGUGCGAGCGCGUGAAGGUGUAUACCUCCAACAAGUAAAGACAGAGGAAUUAUUCUGAGCCAACGAAAUAUUUCAACACAUCUUAUUUCGCUGGACUCGGGGCGAUCGCAUUUCGGAAUGUCUAUUUAAAAAGAGAGAAGAAAAACAAACGAACGACGCCGCAAGCGGUCACUCAACAACUCUCGUCGCCUCUCAUUCCUCUCAGUUCUCAAUAUCCUGACGCAUGCUGUGACAAAAGGCAAACAUAGCACAUCGGCACCGGCGAAGAAAAGCGGAUAGUCGUCUCUCACUUUCUCUUUUAGGUAAUUUGUUGGAAUACAGUUAGAGAAGAAGCAAGAGAGUCGCUCACACCACACGUCGAGGCGUCGGAUGCUUUUACACUUGCGAAAGCAAAGCUGGAUUUGGGUAAGGACCUCCCGUGCAAAUAUUUAGUCGGUUGCAUAUUCAGGCGCUCGUCUUCAGCCACACCACAUCUGUUGUCUGGACUUGAAUGAGCUUCCCGAUGAGAGAUCCAGUCAUCCAAGGAUCCAGUAUGGCAUACCACCCGUUUUUACCUCACCGGGGUCCAGAAUAUGCAAUGAGUGCAAUGCUGGGUCACCAGCCGCCCUUUUUCCCGGCCCUGGCUCUGCCACACAACGGCUCCCUGUCUCUGCCCGGGGCGCUGGGCAAACCGAUCAUGGAACAACUUAUGGGCGCAGCAGAGACUGGCCUUCACUUCUCUUCACUGGGACACCAAGCAGCAGCUGCCGCCGCCGCCGCAGCAGCGCAUCUCCGGCCUCUUAAGACACUUGAGCCCGAGGAGGAGGUUGAAGACGACCCGAAAGUUCACCUGGAAGCAAAGGAACUGUGGGAGCUUUUUCACAAGCGUGGCACAGAAAUGGUCAUCACAAAAUCCGGAAGGCGAAUGUUCCCUCCGUUUAAAGUGAGAUGCACGGGCUUGGACAAGAAAGCCAAAUAUAUUCUGUUGAUGGAUAUAGUUGCUGCUGAUGACUGUAGGUAUAAAUUUCACAAUUCGCGCUGGAUGGUGGCAGGGAAGGCUGACCCCGAAAUGCCAAAACGGAUGUACAUUCACCCCGACAGUCCGGCCACUGGCGAGCAAUGGAUGUCUAAAGUCGUCAACUUUCACAAACUUAAGCUGACAAACAACAUCUCCGAUAAGCAUGGCUUUACCAUCCUAAACUCCAUGCACAAAUACCAGCCGAGAUUUCACAUCGUGAGAGCCAACGACAUUCUGAAACUCCCUUACAGCACGUUCAGAACUUACGUGUUCCCUGAAACUGAUUUUAUAGCUGUCACUGCCUACCAGAACGAUAAGGUAACACAACUAAAAAUUGAUUACAAUCCAUUUGCAAAAGGAUUUCGUGAUACUGGAAAUGGGAGACGUGAAAAAAGGAAACAACUGGCCCUGCAGUCCAUGCGUUCAUACGAGGAGCAGCAGAAAAAAGAUCACGGGACGUCAGACGAUUCUUCAGGCGAACAAACGUCGUUUAAAUGUUGUCGCCAGACCUUAUCUCCUGCCGUCUCUAAUGCUGACCACAACAACCUAAAAGACUUUUGUGAUAGUGAUGAAGAAAGUGACGACGAAGAAAAAGACGGACAUUUGAAAGACGGACCAGACUCCACCAAAAUCUCCACCACGACUGACGACUCGAAGGAUCCCGAUGCGAGUUUUAGCAAAAGUCUUUUUGUGGAAAGUGACACUGGCGCUCGAGGGAACGAUAAACCCCGGGUAGACUCGCGGCAGAGUCCUAUAACGCUGAUAUCCAGCACCACCCGGUCCGGUGAGGAGCUCAAGAGUCCAGGCCGGGAUCAGGCCAAAACAGACGACUGCCGGACAGUGAGCAAAGAAAAUUAUAUGCCAUUGACUGUCCAAACAGAUGGCACUGCGCACUUAAAUCACAGCCACUUGCACAAUUUCGGAUUUCCUCCGGGUUUGGCGGGCCAACAGUUUUUCAAUCACUUGAGUGGUGCCCAUCCUUUCCUCUUACACCCCAGUCAGUUCAACAUGGGAGGCGCUUUCUCAAACAUGGCCGCAGGGAUGGGCCCCAUCCUGGCAGCCGUUUCCUCCGGAGGGGUCUGUCCAAUGGACACGAGCAGCGUGGCAUCACCCGCGCAAAACCUGAGCGGGGCGCCGCUGCCUUUCCAUCUGCAGCAACACGUCCUGGCGUCACAGGGUUUGGCUGUGUCUCCGUUCGGAGGUCUCUUUUCAUAUCCUUACACGUACAUGGCCGCAGCAGCAGCCGCAACAUCCGCCGCAACUUCAUCGGUCCAUCGUCAUCCAUUUUUAAACGCGGUGCGGCCUCGGUUAAGGUACAGUCCCUACUCCUUACCGAGUGUCCCGGACAGCACUUUGCUUACAACGGCGAUCCCGCCCAUGACGAGCGGUGCGGUGGACCUGAAGGGAGACAGGACGGCCCCAAGUCCCUGUUCGGUUGCCCUUGACUGUGAGGUCACCAGCCGCUCGUCGGGUUCAGUAUCACUGUCACCAAAAAACUGCGCGGAGAAAGAUUCCAGCAGCGAGUUACAGAGCAUCCAGCGUCUGGUCAGUGGACUCGAGGCCACAAAAGACCGGCCACGCAGCGUGUCCCCGUGACCGGAUCGCGAAUGAUGGACAUUGAAACAGAUUGCGUACGACGAUUCACCGUUAACAAUACGGAAAGUCGAGACUUAAAUGCACUUUGGUAGUACAAAAAUAAACGCGUAAUGUAUGUAUGUUUCUCUUUUGAUAAAUGAAAAGAGUAGCUAACUUUGAAUAUUUUUCAACUCUUUGAAUACCACAGAAGUAUUGAACACAGAACAGUUCGGCGAGAUUUCGUGAACGAAGCUGCUGCGCUCCCUCGUGUUAUGCUCCAGGGUAACGCUGAUUUAAUUUAAUAUGCACUCCGAAUAGCUUCUUCGGUUACUUGAUCUCUCUUUAUCUUUUGAAGACCGAAGUGUUUGAAAAUAUAUUAAGAAAUUAAAGUUAGUGAGGCGUAUUGCAUGUCAAAGACCAGACCCGAUCAUUAGGUUACUGAUGGUUUACAGUUCCAGCGUGAAUUACUCAAACCGCAAUAUAAUCUAUAGUAAGAAGUGUAAGCAACAUUAAACAUGGCGCGAUUUUAACAGAGAACCUUUGAGUCACCCACUUGAUUAUUUUACCUCAAAUGCUGACUAUAGUUGCUAAGAGUUUUUAUAAACUGCAGAAGGCGGGCAUCUUUACUUCGGCCCAAAGUUGCCCGAACUAUCAAUAUUUAUGAUCAUUUGCAGACCCGGUACUACAAUUGCUUGUUAAAUACAUUUUUUUAAUUAAUUGGGGAAAGGGAUCAUAUGCAUCUAUGACGGAUCAUAUGGUUAUAAUUAACACAAAUGUAAAUAGUGAUAAAUAUAUAACAUAUUUAUGUACACAUUUCAUAUGAAUAAUGUUUGUAAAUAUAAAUGACUUUCUUUGGUUGGUUGUUUGUCUGUUUGUGGGAGAUUAAUUUAAUUUAUUGUGGAUAAACGUGUGUGUGCGUGUGUAAAAGUUAUGAAAAGGAAAUAUUUUCCUUGUAUAAAACAUUCUCAUUGAUGUCCUUCUGUCUCUGAACCCGUAACACCCACAGCAAAUCAUGUGCCAUUUUGUCAUCAACUGAUGUGUGUUUUCAUUCAACAAAUUAAAGGCGAUAACACAA